GAGACAUUUUUCCUACAUUAGAGCUGAUUGUGACUAAUUUACAUAAAUUUCUGUAAUAAUUUUGAGUGUCCAUGUAGAAAACAUUUAGUUUUAUAAAAUAAAUAUGUUAUUAUGAAGUUUUAUCUUGAAAAAAUAUAUUUUAUUGUCAGUGCCGUCGAAAGUACCUCUUAACUUAGAAUCACCCAACUCUUAAAUUUCAUGACACCUUGAUAGACACAUUUUUACUUUUUAGGCGGAGGAGGAUGAAAAUGACGCCGUGAAAACAAUUUAUUUAAUUGAAAAAUCAUCAUGCUCACUAGAGGCACAGCCAGACGAACAACCACCUACUGAAAUAAAUGUCCAUGGAGAACAGGAAGAGAAUUGCAAGUUGUAUGAAACAUUACUUAAAUACAAUGAAGGAAAAGGUCUUCUCCUACGCUACAAAGAAAAAGGCUUACUGGAUAAUGCUGCGAGGAGGAGACUUUGCAGCAUUAUUAUAAAUGAUGAAUUAAAAGAUGAUCCUCAAAAAACCAUCACCAGCUCAAGAUUAUAUCAGUUGGCGUUUGAAAUUACUCAAAUCUUCAAAAAGGAAAGUUCCUCCGUGUAUUUUAUUCCGUUUGCUAGUUUUAGCCCACAACAAAAAAUAUCAGCUAAAGGAAAAUUGCUUGAUUGCUACCGACAACGCAGGAGGGAGUAUAUAAAAUCGGGUAUUAUAAAAGGCAGAGAAAAACGCUGUGGUUCUACUUCGUCAUCCUAUAGUGAGCCAGAAUCGCCACGAGCUAGCAGUAGCACUCAAGCUGCUGUCAUGCAACUGCAAGAUCACUUGGAAUCUGAUAUAAAUGAAAAACUGUUAUGGCUGAAAAACUGUUGCGAUCCCUGGGAAACUGUCGAAGACUACUGGACCAUCACUGCCAAAACACGUUUGACCCGUUUACAGUCUACUGAAUAUACGAUUCAACAAUAUUUUUCGGAGUUUAAACCACUUAACCAGCCAGGAGGUAUAUUCUUGCUUUUAAAAGAUUACGCACAUCUGUACCCUGGUAAUAACCAAACACUAUCAGGAAAUUGGCUUUUAAUGAGACCAAAAUUAAUCAAGUUAGCCAAAAACCGCUCUGACGCGUUUUUGAAAGACAUGUUAGCAGAUAUUGAUCAUGAACAGCGUGAAGAAGUCAUGGACCUGGCAGCAUUGAUGGCGAUCCCGUUUCUGAUGACUACUUCGAACGUAGGCAAGAGUAAGAAUAAAACCAAGCCAAAACGUCUUUGGCGGCCGUCUAAGCAGGAGGUGUUGGAGGGAUUUAUCAUCCAUGUGAAAUGUGCGGCGCACAUAGAAGACACCAUCGCACGUAGAGCGGAAAAACUGCGCGAAAUGGAAUUAACGUUACAGCCGUCUAUAGUAAUUGUAGGACCUUCUAUCAAGGAAAUAUCAGGCAGGUACAUAAUUGUAAAUAAUGUUCGUUACGAAGUGACAUCGAUCAUAAAUGCAGUUGAUGCGUGUUUUAAAAUAAUAUUUGUUCUUAACGCACAAUAUCCUGCGGAGUCUAAUAACGUUUGGCAAUUUAUCCAAACCGCACUUUACCAAAUAAAAACAAAAUAUGACAAAAUUUACACGACAGUGAACACACUUAUGACAGAUUUAAAUAUUCAACAAGGAGAGUGAGUUAAACUAAUUGAUUUGUUACCUUUGUACCCAAUAAUUAGAUUACCUAGGUCCUGAAAAAAUGCCUAAGUGUUUUUUAUGCUUCAAGAUUUGUGAUUGUAUAAAAGAAUUAUUUAAACAUUUUUCCUUAAUGCAUGGAACACAUAAUUUUUCAUUAUAUCCUUGUGUAGAAGAUGGCUGUAAUCGAACUUUUCACUUAAAAAAUACUUAUAAGAAACAUAUAACACGCGAUCAUAUUAAUAUGCAGAGUGAUACUUGUAAUGCUUCUACUGACCAAAUAUCAAAUAUUGUUAUCCCUUGCUCGUCAGAAAGACAUCGGCCUUCUAAUAUUGCAAAUCCACAUCCAUCCAAUUCAAAUAAUUAUACAUUGCCAAUGUUUUUAUCAUCGCUGUAUGCAAACCCAUUAAUACCUAAAAUGGCAGUUCAAGAUGUAGUAGAUGGAAUGAACAUGUACUUAUGCGAUACUUUAUCCAGUAAUUUAGAAAAUAUUUUUAGAGAAGUAACAACAUCCCCAGAACAAGAUAAAAAAAUUAUGUCUUUGAAACAGAAGGUUUUGUCUGCUGUUCAAUCUCCUAUUAAGUCACUCGAUACUGAAUAUAAACGUCUGGAAUAUUUAAAAGGAGAAGGAACUUACAUACCCCGAAAGAAAUAGUUAUCGGGCAAACAAUGUGUAGUGUUAAAAAGCGUGGUGUAGUAACAUAUGCCCCAAUGGAAUGUAAAGAGCAAUUGAUUCCUCUUAGACUUGUUUUGCAAAAAUAUUUUUCACUCGACAAUGUUAUGGCAGAAACUCUCGAUUACGUUAACAAUUUAUUACUAGACAAUAGCCUUAUUAGAAACAUUAUACAGGGGAGCUCUUGGGCAAAAGUUAAAGCGAAAUACAAGGAUAGGUUAGUAUUUCCAUUGUUCCUAUUUUUUGAUGAUUACGAAAGCGGGAAUGUUCUUGGUAGUCAUUCGGGUAUCCAUAAAUUAGGAGCUGUGUAUGUAUCUGUUGGUUGUAUUCCUCCAUAUCGCGCUUCUACUUUAACAAAUAUCUUUCUAGCUCUUUUAUUUCAUUCAUCUGAUAGAACAACCUUUGGAAACAAUGUAAUAUUUCAUCCAUUAAUAGAAGAACUAAAUUUUUUAUCUGAACUCGGAGUUGAUAUAGAUGUACCGUGUUUUCAUGGUAAGCUUUACUUUUCUUUAGCUCUAAUAAUUGGCGACAACCUGGGGAUUCAUUCCAUCCUAGGAUUUAAUGAAACAUUUUCAUCUAAUCACCCUUGUCGAAUUUGUAAUGUCUCCAAAGAGGAAUUGAAAACACAAUGUUUCGAAAAUGAACAAAUAUUGCGAAAUGCUGAAAACUACAACGAACAAUUGCUAAAAAAAUGCCCUGCUAGCACAGGCCUGAAAGAAAAGUGUGUUUGGUUGACCGUAAAUGAUUUUAGUUUGUUUGAUAACGUAGGUGUAGAUAUCAUGCAUGAUAUUCUGGAAGGUGUAGCUAAAUAUGUUAUGUCUUUUCUCUUGAUAAAAUAUAUCCGUGACUUAAAGUAUUUCUCAUUACAUGUUUUAAAUUCUAGAAUUAAUCAUUUUGAUUAUGGUCCUGAUGCUGGAAGCAAACCCUGUCUUUUGACUAUGGAACAUAUUUUGAAGGGCAAUAUUAGACUCUCGGCUUCCGAAAUGUUAACUUUUCUUCGAUAUUUCGGUCUACUAAUAGGAGAUUUUGUUCCUACUGAUGACUGUUAUUGGAUAAUAUAUAUUACUUUGAGGAAAAUACUAGAUUUGAUAAUGUCUUAUAAGAUUGAUAAAGGUACUUGUGACCUGUUAAAGGUUUUGAUUUCUGAACUAAAUGAAAUUUAUAUAUCAUUAUCUGGGGAAAAACUUAAACCUAAAUUUCAUUUUAUGGUUCACUAUCCAUCAAUGUUGUUAAAAUUUGGACCACUAGUAAAUUUUUGGAGCAUGCGGUAUGAGGCUAAACAUAGGGUAUCUAAAAUUGCUGCACGUGCGUCUUUUAACCGUCGUAAUAUAACAUUAACACUGGCCAAUAAACAUCAAUUACAAUUGAAUAAUAUGUUUUUAAAAGGGACUUUAGAUGCGCUUUUCUCUGUAGGUCCGUCUAAACAAAUAACGGUACAAAAACGCAAAGAAGUAAUACUUCAAUUACAUUUCAAUGAGAAUAUUUCUCUCAGUUCUGUAAAGUGGGUGAAAGUUAAAGGCACACAUUACACGCCCGGAGCAAUUCUCGUUCAAAAUGUAGGAGAUCUAGGUGAUUUUACAUUUGCGAUGAUCAAAAAUAUUUUUAUUUAUAACAAUGAUCGCGUCAUCUUUGAAUGUGUACUUGUAACAACAAUUGAUUUUGAUUUUCACUUGCAUUGCUUCGAAGUGGAAAUUCCAGAAACUGAAUCAAAUAUAUUUGUGUUCCAGGAUUCAUUGUUAUCUUAUAUUCCAAAUCAUAUUAAUUUAGCUUCAAAUGGUAAAAGAUAUGUUACACAAAGAGGGCAUUUGUAAUAAUAAUUGUAACUUGGGAUGGCUACCACGAAUACCCCCGCCCCUUAUUAAAUAUAA